GUAUGUGUAUAAGUACAUAGAAAAUUAUAAAUAAUGAAGGAAAAAGCAAACAAAAUUUUUAUUGACAAUAAGCUGUUCGUUUCGAAUUAGCAGCUGUAGAAAAAUGUAUUCACCCUGUUGUUCCUUUACUAUAACUGUUAAAAAUUUGCUAACAUUUGUGCGUCAAGCAGCUGAAUAUUUGUUUAUUUACUAAAGUUGAUUUUAUUUAAUUAAAUUUAAAAAAAACUGCUGUAAUAAUUUAACAUGAGUGAAGAGAGUCUCGACUAUGAGGACGCCAGAAAGCCACAUGAAAUAACACUCCAACAUGCUAUAGAAAUUUCAUCUUUAGUUAAGGAACGCACUAUAGGACCAGAUUUACCCGAGCCACAAGAUGAAGAAGAAAAAUUCACAGCCAGUACUCAUAAAAAAGAGAUAACGCCAAAAAAACCCAAAACUCCGAAAGAUCAGAAAAUCACAACUAAACUGAUCAUACCAUUGAUAAAACCGUCGCUGUCCUUGGACUAUGAACUGAUUAGUGCCACAUUCCUGUUGCGCGAUGCUGAAGAGAAACGCAAAAAGCAAGUACGUCAGCACGUUAAUGACAUGCAGGAACGCCAACUUGCCGUAUUACGUGACAAUGCUGCUCGCCAGCGUGAACAACAACAUAAACUUGUUGCGACGCGCAUCGCCGAAAAGCAGCGUAAUGAUGCGCUCAUCAUACAAGAGGCUGAAAAACAGACAGCAAUCGAAUUAGAAGAGUGUGAGCGACAUAUGGCAGCAAUGCGUCUCAAUGCAAAACGUCAACUGGAACUUUUUUCAUUUCAAUGUGUUGCGAAGUAUCACACCGUCUUCAGUAUCAAAUACGAAGGUGUCUCUAAUACGCUUUCAGCUAUUAAAAAACAAUCGUUUCUUCCAUGCAUUGAUUAUAAUUCCCAGUUGACAGAGCUUGUCGAGGAAUUCGAUCAAAUAACAAACAGAAUUAAAACCGACGAUUGCAGUGCUGAAGAGUUGAAAAAUGCCAACAGCCUUUGUAACAAAAUGGACGACUUACAUAAUAUCAUAAAUGAGGAAUUUGUUAAAAUGUUGAAGCAACGGGAAGAGGCACAGUUGGAAGAACAGCGUAAAAUGGAAGAGCAACAAGCACUUGCAGCUGCCGCAUUAGUAGCACAAUUAGCACAAACACCUGCCGAGCCCACAACACCGACUAGAACAGAGCACGCGCAGGCGUUGCCGCAAUCAUUGCCUGUGCAGGAGCAAGUUGUUGACACGCAACAAAGCACUGUUACACCACAAACACCGCCAACGCAGCAACGUCAACAGCCGCAACAAAUCACACCGCAGACGCCGAAAACCACACGUGCAACGCAUUCUACAGUGCCAGCGGCAGUAUUGGCAUUCUAUCAAGAAAUUUACAGCUUCUAUCAAGAGAAAGUGGAGAGUGUCAAGCCGUUGCAGACAGACGAAAAUAUGAAAAAGUACCGCUUCGCUUGUCAGAAAGCCAUUAAUAUACCGCUAAAUGCCAUAUCGGCAGUGAGCCCACAACAUCUCCAGGACAAAUUCGAGCGCAUUUUCAAUUUUCUCAACGGACAGCCACAUAAAACUUCCGAUGGGCAAGUCAGCGUUAAUGAUCAUCCUUUGGGCCGGAAUUAUUGUCUGCUACUGACAGCAAAGCGUUUUGUAAAUCAAGGCGAAACUGCAAUUUCCAGCAAUCCUCAGGCUGCAUUUCCAGUCGCUUCAGUUGUGGUCUCAUUGUGGAAGCUUAUACCGGAAUUCGGUAAAUUAUUCCUCGCUUACAUUUUUAAGGACUCACCUUUCCUUGUGCCUUUACGUGGCAAAUCAAUAGAAGAAUACAACGACUUGAAGCGACAAGCGGGUAUAACACGCCUAUACGCUGCUGUAAUGAUUACAAACGGACGACGGGCUGAAGGCCCCGAACAUCCAUAUGGGUUGGAACACGCUUGGCGUUGGCUGGCUAAUUUUACCACUCUUGAGCCACUACCAGACAUUAGUGCGACAUUGAUUUUGGAAAUGCUACAGACUCUGGGCUUCAACAUGUGUCGCGCUUAUGGCAAGCAAUUCACCAAAUUGCUUAUUUAUAUUCAACGUGAAUAUUUUGCAAAAUUGGCGCAAGUGGAUGAGGGUGGUCCACGUACGCGUUUGGAAAUGUUAUUUAUGAAUUAUUUGAAUCAGAAUCAGAUACCAGAGCCCCAAGGUACACUACCACCCUCGUUUUGGUAGUUAAUAGCUGCAUAUUUAAAUAAGUGGUAAUCUUUUAAAUUUUACUAAAUUUCCGUGAAUGCUCUUAAGUUAUUAUCGUAAAUUGUUUAAAUGUGAAUGCCGGGCUGUAGUUUUAAAAUUUGAAAAAAUAUAUGCUAGUGUGUCCAUGAAUGCAAAAUAAAAAACAUAAAAUU